GUGUUGUGUCUGAAGUCAAAGGUUAACUUAACUAAAUGACCUCUUUCCUGUCAUCUACUGGAGAGAAAACUGCACAGCCAAUACACUCAAGUCAAAGAGGAAGUGGGAGGGUCUAACUGCUCUGACAAAAAUAAUUCUAAGUGUUUCUCGUCACUUCACCAAGAGGGAGAAUGAAGCAAACAUGUCUUCGGCUCCUGUUGACCUCACUGCUCUGCUGCAGAACAAACUCAGUUUUGCUGAAAAUACAAUCAAUUCCCUCCAGCCUCUCUGACUGUGAGUCCCAGCAGAUCUCAGAUGUUUAAAGAUGAAUCUGUCUCUCUGAGCUGUGAGGAGGACGACAGCUCUGCUGGAUGGACUCUGAGGAGGAACACAACCACAAAAACCAGGACUCAGUGUGGAGAUGGCUGGGGAAAACCUGCUGGUUCCUCCUGUAACAUCAGCUACAUGGCCCCAUACCACGGUGGAGUUUACUGGUGUGAGUCCAGAGAGGGAGCAACCAGUAACAGCAUCAACAUCACUGUCACUGGUGGACCAGUGAUCCUGCAGAGUCCUGUCCUCCCUGUGAUGGAGGGAGAAGACCUCACUCUGCACUGUAAAACAAAGACGUCCUCCAACCUCCCAGCUGAUUUCUAUAAAGAUGGCUCCUUCAUCAGGACUGAGCCUGCAGGUCACAUGACCAUCAACAAAGUUUCCAGGUCUGAUGAAGGCCUCUACAAGUGUUACAUCAGCAGUGUUGGAGAGUCUCCAUCCAGCUGGGUCUCUGUCACAGAGAAACCCACGACUACAAGUCCUCCUACAACCCCCACUACAACCUCCACCACCUCUGGCUCCACCACUUCUUCCAAUCCCCCCCCCUCUCCUCCUCUCCUUGUGUUGGGGUCUGCUGUUUCAGUCGGUGUCCUGGUUCUCCUGGUUCUCCUGGUUUUCCUGGUUCUACGAUGCAUCCGUAGGAAACCUAAAGUUGAAGUAGAAGCUCGAGAUGAUGACAUCACAUACAGUGAUGUCACCAUAUCACGUAACCUGAAACAGCCAAUCAGAUGGAGCAGAGAGAGUGAUCCUGCUGCAAUCUACUCCGGAGUGAGAACAGAAGACAACGGACAAAUAGUGAUCAGAGACAAGAAAUCAAACAGGAAGAGAGAGAGCGAUCCUGCUGCAAUCCACUCCGGAGUGAAAACAGAAGAAGUCUGUUACGGAGAAAUAGUGAUCAAAGACAAGAAAUCAAACAGGAAGAAAGAGAGUGAUCCUGCUGCAAUCUACUCCGGAGUGAGAACAACAGACGUCAAAGACAAGAAAUCAAACAGGAAGAAAGAGCCUCCAGCAGACCCAGAGGUCUUCUACUCCUCACUGAGGAAGACCUGAACACCAUCACACCAGUCCAACCAGUGGAGUCCAGCCGGCCAAUCACUGGUCCCCAGAGAUUCUCACAUCUACAUCUGUAUAGCCCCGGCGUAUUUGUCGAAGAUUUUAAACCUUUGCGAGCAUAAAAAGGUCAGUCCGGUCAUCCAAUCAACUGGCUUUAGAAGUCCCAAGGUAGAGGUACAAACUGUGGGGUCAGCCCUAUGUUCCCACAGCCCUAUGUUCCCACAUUUCUAAGAUUUUUCUUAAAAUUAAGGUUAGGGUUACGUUUGCAACAAACAAAGAGAUGGGCGCACCAGAUUUAGCUAAAAGCUACAUUCCAUCUGUAGUCCAUAGCUACUGGAUAAUAAGUUGGGUGUAAUUGGCUACCAAAUUGGGAGAAAGGGGGAUAAAAUCUGAUACAAAUUUAUGAAAAAGGAAAUGUGGGAACAUAGGGCCUAAUUUUGAAAAAAAUCUUGAAUUUGUGGGAACAUAGACCUGUGGGACCAUUGGACUGUGGGAAAAUAGGCACGCUCCCCAAACUGAAGGGGGUCACUCUUGUUGCAGCUUAGAUUUUAGAACAAGUUACAUUCACACCAUUACAGACGUUGUUCUUUUGAAAUACAAAUUUAAAACUUUAUUUAGAAUGGCUUUUAAUGCACAGUAGCGUUGCAGCAUUAUCUCUUUAUUUCUCCUGUUUCUAUGCAACAGUUUCAGAUUUUACUGUAUUUUAUGUUUUAUUCAUUUUAUUGUAUGGUAUGUUGUUUUAUUCUUGGUCCUUCAAGCACUUUGUAUACCUGUUGGUUGCUGUGAAGCACUUUAAGAAUAAAUGUUGAUUGAUGUUAAUGCAGCUAGAAAGAGACAAUCAACUCACAUUUUAAGCAUGUUUGCAUUCUUUAGAUGCGUUUCGUUCAAACAAAUACUUAUUUAAGUCAUAGAUUUGUUCCUCUGUAAGUGUUUCAUACGUUGCACAACAACCAACAAAUAUCUACUGAACAGAGUCUAAUGAUAAUAACUAUUUACUGAUAUUUAUUUUGUAUUUAUGAGCUUGUUUCUGUGCAGGAUCAUUAAACUCUGGUGUCACCAGUUGUU